AUGGAGAUGUUAAGAAGCAGUUCCACCGCAUUAGUCAUCGUACUAGUAUUUGUUGCAGGUGCAGCAUUUCAAGCUAAAGCAUACAAAUCUCUUUACUGUACCAACCCGGCAAGCCGAUGCUAUGGAAAGACUGUGGAAUGCCCAUAUGAAUGCCCUAGCAGUUACUCUGAAGACCAUAAAGCCAAAGUCUGCUAUAUUGACUGUGAUUCCCCUAUGUGCAAGGCCCAUUGCAAAAACCGUAAACCAAACUGCAAUAGUCCUGGAUCAGCAUGCCAUGAUCCCCGCUUCAUCGGUGGUGAUGGCAUUGUUUUCUAUUUCCAUGGCAAGAGCAACCAGCAGUUUAGCUUGGUCUCAGACAACAACCUCCAGAUCAAUGGUCGCUUCAUUGGCCAUAGGCCAGCAGAACGAAGCCGUGACUACACUUGGAUUCAAGCCCUAGGAAUCAUUUUCAGCACUCACAGCUUCUCUGUAGAAGCCACCAAAGCAGCUGCUUGGGACAAUCAAAUUGACCACCUAAAAUUCACCCACAACGGAAACGAUGUAGUUUUACAAGAAGGGUAUCUCUCCACUUGGUAUUCUCCAGAAAAGGAUAUUAAAGUUGAGAGAAUAUCAAGCAAGAACAGUGUUAUUGUGUCCCUAAAGGAUGUUGCUGAGAUUAUGAUCAAUGUGGUGCCCGUAACCAAAGAAGAUGAUAGAAUCCACAACUAUCAAGUUCCUUCCGACGACUGCUUUGCACAUUUGGAAGUCCAGUUUAAGUUCUUUGCUCUGUCCACGAAAGUUGAGGGAGUGCUUGGAAGGACUUACAGGCCUGAUUUUGAGAACCCGGCAAAGCCUGGAGUGGCAAUGCCGGUCUUGGGGGGUGAAGAUAAGUAUCGAACCUCAUCUCUUCUGUCGGCAGAUUGUGUUUCUUGCAGGUUCUCAGCACAGGAAAGUGUGACAGAGGAAGAUAGAUCAGCAAUUGUGGAUUAUGGUACACUUGACUGCACCAGAAGAUCCUCAGGAGGAUAUGGAAUUGUUUGCAAAAAAUGA